AUGAGCUGGAAUCGUCCACAGCCAUCGGUUCUAGACUCAAUCUUCAGGGCUUUGUCACAGUUCUCGGACCCAAACACCGCUCCACAGGACGAACGACAGUCUCCGAAUCAGCAGGACAGCCCAGAUCAGGCUGGUCACAAUUGGGUCCAGCGCCUGUCCCUGUCGGAUCAGCAGAAGGUCCGUCCAAUCUUUUUGACCCUGCACAUGUUGUUCCCUCAUGAACUUCUUCCCGCCCUUGACAUCCUCGACCGAGGCCUGGUUAGGAAACUCGUGGUAAACUCCUCAGUGCCGGUGGGAGACGACCCAGAAGAUAUUCCCCGACAGAGACGUUCUUCUGCAGAGGAUCGCUCGGUACUCGAAUGCCCUGAAGUUAAUCCCCAGGUCCAGCCAGAUCAUCGUGGCUGGGAGGUUUUCUACGUCCAAUCUUCGACCGCUGCGGACAAGCAAAGUUCGCGACCACGAUACUAUCCUCAUGGUGGCCAUAGCAGCACGGUCCCGCUUUACGAAGUCCGCCUCGAGACCUGGAAUUGCACGUGUCCGGCGUUCAGCGUGAGCGUGUAUCAGAGCUUGAAUCUGGAACAUGGUCGAGACUCUGGGGUAGUUGACGACGACAUUGACGUUGGCCAGACUGGCCCAUCCAAGGCGACGGCCGAAUAUGAGUACAAAUUCGGUGGUUCUGUCACCGUCAAGCUCGCCAGUACACCGAGCUGCAAACACAUUGUAGCAGCGUUCCUGGCAAAAGCUGCCCCAAAUCUUUUCGCAAACGGCGUGAAGGAGACAACUGUCUCGCGGGAAGAAGCAAGUGCAUGGGGAGGCGGAUGGGGAGAGUAUGGAGGUAUCUGGGACUAA